CUUUUGUUCUAGUUCUCUUUGUUUCUUCUAUUGUACAUUUCUUUCUUUUCAUCUCUCCCCACAAAUACAAUUCUAUCGUAUCUCAUGGGUCACUCAUUCAACUUUCACCGACAUUUUUAUGGAAGCGACUUGGUCCUGCUCAUCAACUUGGCAGCAGGAUUGAGUAUCUUUUUCUUUGGAUAUGACCAAGGAGUGAUGAGCGGCGUCAAUAUAUCGCCUGAUUAUAUCAAUGUGAUGGGGCUUCAUGGUCGAAAUGCGCUACUUGGCGGUGUCGUUGCUGUCUAUUAUGCUGGCACAUUGAUCGGUGCAUUGAUGGGUGGCUGGAUCGGAGACAAAAUAGGUCGUAUCAAAACGGUCGUCGUAGGCUCGUUAAUUGCAAUCGUCGGUGCAGUGCUCCAAACGGCGGCUCAAAACGUGGGUUGGAUGAUGGCUUCCCGCGUAAUUACCGGAAUUGGCACAGGUCAUCUUAAUGCCAUUGUGCCUGUUUGGAGUGCAGAGACAUCACAUCAUACUUCUCGAGGCAUGUUUAUUGCAAUGGAGUUUACGCUAAACAUUUUUGGUGUAGUGGUUGCAUAUUGGCUUGACUAUGGCAUGAGCUACACAGAAGGCGGCUUACGGUGGCGCUUCCCUAUUGCCUUCCAGCUUAUUCCAUUGGCAGUUUUGGCAGUUGGUAUCAACUUUUUUCCAGAAUCACCGCGAUGGUUAGCCAAAGUUGGCCGUCUCGAAGAAGCCAUUGAUAUUUUAAGCUCUUUGCGCGGUAAUGGUGACCCCGAUAAUCCCGAGGUGCAGAAAGAGUAUAAUCAAAUCAUCGAGGCUAUUCACAUGGAGGCUGCGGAAGGCGAACCAACGUAUUACAGCAUGCUCUUCCACUACGAUAAACUAAACAUCCCACGACGUGUGCAUCUUUCAAUAUGGCUACAAAUUCUUCAAGAAUUGACGGGCAUUGGAGUGAUAACUGUAUAUGCACCAACGGUGUUCCUGGGCGCAGGCUUUUCUGAGCGAACCUCUCAGCUUUUGUCUGGUUUCAACAACAUCUUCUACAUGUUGUGUACCAUCGUCCCUGUUUUCACUAUAGAUAGAUGGGGACGCCGAUUUACCCUCUUUUAUGGCGCCGUGAUGCAGGGAAUAUGCCUAGUACUUGUUGCCGUUCUGACGAAACCGAGCAUUAUGUCGAUGAACUCCCUUGCCUACGGCAUUGCAGCUACAGUAUUUACUUUUGGGUACACCGGUUUCUUUGGUAUGACUUGGUUGGCUGUGCCUUGGAUAUAUCCAGUUGAAAUUUAUCCCACUCGAGUGAGAGCUAGGGGUGGUGCAUGGAGUGUCGUAGGUUGGUCUAUCGGAAAUGCUCUUAUCAUGGAAAUAACGCCCCCAAUGAUUGCUCAAAUCGGUUGGGCGAGCUUUUUGGUGUUUGCUGCUUUCAACUUUCUUACCAUCCCCAUCGUAUGGGCCCUAUACCCAGAAACGUCUUCAAAGACAUUGGAGGAAUUAGACAUUGUCUUUUCCACGAAAUCAAUGUUCGUAUUCAAGGCCGAGAAGGAGCUGACUGUGCUCAAGGAGCGAAACGGUGGCACUAUCCAUCUUGGAGAUACCGAAUCAAUGGAUCGAAGCCCUGUUGAUAUACGUGAUAUAGACAAAACGCCAAGCGCUGUACAUGAAAAAUCGGAAACACCCGCAUCGUAAUAUUCAAUUUGGCAAUAGAUGUACAUACAAUAUUCUUAUAUAUAUAUAUAUAUAUAUAUA